ACAAAAUCUGCUUCAUAACUCAUAAUCCGCAUCAGUCAUUUUUUUAGGUACUGCAUUGCGACUUUUUUUUUAUUAGCUAUGGUUUGUUUCGAUUCGAUUCUGACAAUGGGCAUUCCCACCCUUUUUUUUUAAAAAACCCUUUUAUUCAGACUUUAUUGUUGACUUUUGACCUUAUGUCCUUAUUAAUACGUGUACAUAGUGCAUACCGCUUAUGUAAUAAAUACGGAGGUACAAUUCAAUAGAAUCCCGGAGAACCGUAAUGUUUUUUAUUUACCGCAAUCGGGUGUUUCCGGCCCGCAGUUUUAGUGUAAGGUUAGGUAGCAGUAAAUGGUCGAAUGGAACUGGAUUACUGUUUCCUAUUUUGCAAACGGGCCGGCAAAUAGGAACCCGGGACAAGUUUACGCCCGUCUGAACUCCGGACGGUUAGGUGGAAUUGAAUUCUGAAGCAGCUUCAAAAAAAUAUUGAGCGCUUUUUUUUCUUAUUCUUUUUUCUUUUUGUAUCAUUUUUAUUUUCCCCAACUUCUUCACAAUCCUUACCUACUAAAGCAUAAACUAUCCAUACCUAAGGUACUAACAGGUUAUCCAAUUGGCAGCUUCGGUCACUCAAUCGAUUUUGGGGGAAGCUACUUUGUGCCGAAAAAUCAUGCUGCGAUCGGUAGGAGCUGCGGCCGGCAGCCAAGCUAGAAACCUGCUUGGACCGAGAACUGCUCCUCGGCUGCUUUGUACAUGCAACACCACCUCCACGUCGUCCUGUACCACGAGAUCUCUCCGCACUAGUUACAACAACUCCAACAAACCUUCGUAUUCCCUACAAUUCCAGAGAAACCUACAUGCUACAUCGAUAAGAAUGACUGCCAACACAAGAACCGAGAGCGAUGCCUUUGGUGAAAUCCAAGUCCCCGCCGACAAGUACUGGGGAGCUCAAACUGAGCGAUCUCUCUCCAACUUCCGUAUCAAUCAGCCCCAGGACCGAAUGCCUCCUCCUAUUAUCAAGGCAUUCGGUAUCCUGAAGGGUGCUGCCGCCGCCGUCAACAUGCGGUAUGGACUUGAUGAGAAGAUUGGCAAGGCUAUCCAGCAAGCUGCCGCUGAGGUGGCUGACCUCAAGCUCAUUGACCACUUCCCCCUCGUUGUCUGGCAAACCGGCUCAGGUACUCAGUCCAACAUGAACGCCAACGAAGUUAUCUCGAACCGAGCCAUUGAAAUUCUCGGAGGUACCAAGGGCACCAAGAACCCCGUUCACCCGAAUGACCACGUCAACCGCUCAGCUUCUUCGAACGACACCUUCCCCACUGUCAUGCACAUCGCCGCAGUUCUGGAGAUUGAGGGCCAGCUAUUGCCCUCUCUCAAGAGCCUCCGAGACGCGCUACAGAAGAAGGUGGACGAAUUCGACGCCAAGAAAAUCAUCAAAAUCGGACGAACUCAUCUUCAGGAUGCUACGCCACUGACUUUAGCGCAAGAGUUCUCGGGUUACGUCGCUCAGCUGGACUUCGGUAUCAAGCGCGUCGAGAGCUCUUUACCCGAUCUGAGACUGCUUGCCCAGGGCGGAACUGCUGUUGGUACGGGAAUCAACACCUAUGAAGGCUUUGCCGAGGCGAUUGCCGAAGAAGUUAGCAAGAUGACAGGCACCGAGUUCAAGACAGCACCGAACAAGUUCGAGGCCCUCGCCGCUCAUGACGCUAUCGUCCAGGCCUCCGGUUCUCUCAACACCCUAGCUGCAUCGCUUACCAAGAUCGCUCAAGAUAUCCGCUAUCUUGGCAGCGGCCCCCGCUGCGGUCUAGGCGAGCUAAUCCUACCGGAGAACGAGCCGGGUUCCAGUAUUAUGCCCGGCAAGGUCAACCCCACGCAGUGUGAGGCCUUGACGAUGGUCUGCGCGCAAGUCAUGGGUAACCACGUCGCUACAACCAUCGGUGGAAUGAACGGCCAGUUCGAGCUCAACGUCUACAAGCCCCUUAUCAUCCGAAACCUACUACACAGCGUGAGGAUCCUGUCCGAUAGCAUGCGCUCAUUUGAGAAGAAUCUCGUCGAGGGUCUCCAGGCCAACGAGGAGAGGAUUGCCAACAUUAUGAAGCAAUCUCUUAUGCUUGUUACUUGCCUCAACCCCAAGAUCGGUUACGACAUGGCGUCCAAGGUCGCCAAGAACGCGCACAAGAAGGGACUGACCCUGAAAGAAAGCGCGGUGGAGCUCAACGUCCUAACGCCGGAAGAGUUCGACGCCCUAGUCAAGCCGGAGCUUAUGAUCGGGCCCCAGCCUUACAAGGGCUAGGUGCACCAGGUAGUCGAGCCCGUGAUACACUACGUCCAGGCCGAACUUGAUACGAUCGAGAAGAAGGCGUUGGCCUAUCACAAAACCCACCACCACCAACAGCGGCCUUCUUCUCCUGACUAGGCUUGCAGUCGGGCGCUUACGGAAUAAUACUUCGCUUUAUUCGGUACCGGUAUUGCCUAGCAACAUUACCUAACUUAAGUCUACCCCUAGUCGAGCCUUGCUAAAUAGGAGGUUUAGUACCUAUAAAUAUGACCUUGGACUUGUACAGACUACCUAACAUAUAGCAUCUUGUAUAUACCUACCUAAGUACCUAAUAAUAAAGAGAUAAAGAGAGGUAAACAAUUAUCAAUAAUCUUGCCUUAGGUAAUG